AUGCCUGAAUGUAUUCUGAACGGUAAAUUAGAUAUUAAACCUUUAAUAUCCGCUCAUAAUUUUCUCCAAAAAGCCCUCCAAAAGGCUAAAACUGAAUUAGAAAUUGCUGGUUCUAUCCAAGCGUUUGAA